AUGAGAAAGUUUCAUCGGAUUUUGGUCUUCGUAGUGGCCCUGUUUAUACUGUACCUGGUGUAUCGGUACUCGUUUCAAGUAGAUAGUGAAGGCAACUAUCUAUUCCUAAAACCGCUGGAUAGCACCGGCAGUGGUGGAUUUCUAACAUUGCUGCAGACCGAAAAUAAACCGGAGGAUUUCUCUUCAAUGGACCAGGAAAAGCAAGCCGAUCCACGAAGAUUAGUGAGCUUGACGGAUUUUCGAUACUUGAUUCCCAACGAUAUAUGCAAGGAAAACGGGAGCUUUUCUGAACUCCUAGGCGUGAUUCUUGUAACUUCCUACGUGGGGCAUGAUGCCCUUCGGGCAGCCCAUAGACAGGCCAUUUCUCAGCAGAAACUCAUAUCGAUGGGACUGCUGCGCAUUUUUUCACUAGGCAGUAUACCUUCAACGGAGAAAUUUAUCCACCAGAAUGCAAUCGAACACGAACAGAAGCUGUUUGGCGACAUCAUCCAAGGUAACUUCACGGAAGCGUACCGGAACUUAACUUUCAAACACGUUAUGAGCCUCAAAUGGGCUACCGAACAUUGCAUCAGGGCUAAGUUUCUGAUUAAAAUGGACGAUGAUAUUGUGUUCGAUCCGUUCUACAUUCAGAAUCAUCUGUCCGAUUUGGGUCAGCAAAAUCAAAAGAGCUUACUGGCCGGUUUUAUGUUUACCAACAAAAAAGUCAUUCGACUAAAAGCGAAUAAGUGGUUUGUGUCCAAAGCCGAGUAUGCCCGCGACAGCUACCCACCGUACCUAUCCGGAUGGCUAUACAUCACCAACCAGUGGACGGCCCGUAAGCUAGUGCUACAGUCGGAAUCGGUUCCCUUUUUCUGGAUAGAUGACACCUACAUAACCGGAAUCCUUGCCGAACGGGCUCAAGUAAAGCUAACGAACCUGAACAAGUGGUUCAGUGCCAACUCGGAGUUCAUUGAUUGCUGCAUUCGUGACAUGAAACGGUACUCGUUUCAGUGCGACUACUACGUCGGUCCUAACGGUGGAAACCCGAAUUUGAUCGUGGAAUUCGUACAGGAACUGGAACGUUGCUACGACAACGCUUGCUAUCAGCGCCCCAGUGGGAAACCGCUGACGAAAACGUGCGUUGCCGAGUACAAAAGUAUUCUGCACGAGCGAGGAGUGGCUCAGAUCAGUGCUCUGCGGCUUCGGUAAGCAAGUGGACAUUUGACCAAUUUUAGCGCUACAUCCCGAGUAGUUGGUACAUCUCCCCGGAAACCGUCCAUUAGUAAUUAUGUACUUAGCUACGUAAGUAUAGUAGGAUAUAGGAAGUCUUAACGCAAAAUGCAUGCUUGCGUUGUGAACAAUUUUCAAAUUUUAAUCACGUGAAAGCACAAACUAAUAGGCAACAAGCUGACUUAUUGUUCA